GAGAGGCUGAGGUGGGAGGCUCUCUUGAGCCCAGGUGUUUGAGACCAGCCUGGGCAACAUAGUGAGACCCUGUCUCUAUUUAUACAUAUAUAUAUUCUCCAUACAUACUAUAUAUAUAUGGGCCAUGCUUUGGACCAUGCUUCUGGGGAACAGGGCCUUAUACUGCUCCAGGAUGAACUCCCACUACGUAUAUAGUGAGAAGUGCAGUGGAGAGAAGGAAUUGCAGACCAGUUAGGCCACUGCAGUGACGCAGGCGAGAUAGGAUGGUGGCUUGGACCAGGAUGGAAGUAGUGAGGUCAUGGAAGUUUCUGGCCUGAGCAAUUAGAAGGGUGAGGAACCAUUUGCUGAGAUGGAGAGGACUGGGGGAGGAGCAGGUUCAGGGUGGAGAUGAGAACCCUGUGUGUGCCUGUGUGUGCCAUGUGAGAUGCCUCCGAGACAGCCCAGAAGUGUCAGGCAGGCAGCUGGAUGCAGGCACUGAGGUCCAGUGUGUGGGAGGUACACAUUUGGGUGUUAUCAGGAUAGAGAUGGUAUUUGAAGCUGUGAUCCUGGAUGAGGUCACCCAGGGAUGAGCGUGGCCAGAGAAGAGACCCCGGUUGUACCAGGAUGAAGUCAGGUGAGGAGCAGAACCAGGUAAGGGUGUGUCCCAGUGCCAAGGGCAGCGCAUGUGCUGGGGAGGAGGGCGAGCCACUCCAUCAGGUGCUGAGUGGGGAACAGAAGAUGACUGAGCGCUGUCCCAGCACUAGAGGGCCACAGGGAGGUCUUUGGGGACUGACCUUGGUAAGGACAGUUUUGGCCACAGCAGCAGCAAAAGCCUGAUGGGAGUGUGUUCUUGAAAGAGCAAGAAGGCAGAAAUGGGGGUGAGCACAAACAACUAUUUUGAGAUUUCCUGUAAAAGGAAAGAUAUAAAUGAAUAACUAAAUGGGGCAGAGAGAUCAAGGGCUUUGUUUGCUCUUUUUUUUUUUUAAUCAGACGGGGUCUCGCUGAGUCGCCCAGGCUGGAGUACAGUGGUGUGAUCUCGGCUCAUUGCAACCUCUGCCUGCCGGGUUCAAGCAAUUCUCCUGUCUCAGCCUCCCGAGUAGCUGGGACUACAGGGGCCCGCCACCACGCCUGGCUAAUUUUUGUAGUUUUAGUAGAGAUGGGGUUUCACCUUGUUGGUCAGGCUGGUUUCGAACUCCUGACCUCAGGUGAUCCACCCACCUUGGCCUCCCAAAGUGCUGGGAUUACAGGUGUGAGCCACCGCGCCCGGCCUAUUUGCUCUUUUUAAGGUGGGAGAAAGAACGGCAAGCUCAUCAGCCAGUGGAGAUGAUCAAGAGGGGAAGGAAACAUGGAUGAUGGCUUGGGGGCAGGGGGUCAUCAGCGGCUAGGUUCCAGGGGCUAAGGCUGGGCCUCAGGGGAAAUGCCCUCCUCACCCCUCUCCUGGGCCUAGGUCAUUCGCCCCAGCUCUGAUGAGCAGGGAAAGGUGGUCGAGUCCAGGACCCGCCCACCCCACCAUGCCUAACUGAGCUGCAGUGUUGGGAAGAUAGAGGAGGGUGGUUCCUUCCACAGGUAAGCACACCCAUUAAUUUGCACUGUGCAGUAGCAGGUCUGGAAUAUUCCAGAAACAAAUGAGGGUGGCUGCCUCCAGAUAUUUGUUCUUACCUUAGUUCUUCAAAAAGCUUGCUCCUUGUAUUUUGGGUCUCAGCUCCAGACACCUCAGAGAGGCCUUCCCCGGCACCUGAGCUGAAAAAGCCUCCUCCGAUGGCCCUCUUGGAAAGCCUCUCUGUUGUGUUGAUGGCGCUAGCCGGGAUCUGGCAGGGCCUUCUUUUCUCAUUUGUUUGUACUUUAUUGACUGUCUUCCCGCUAGAGUGUAAGCUUCCUAAGGGCAGGGCUUUGUCCUCUAGCACCCAGAAGAGGGUCUGGCACAUAGUAGGUGUUCAACAAAUUAAGGAGCUUUUGGUCAGUAGAGAUGAUAUUUAUAAUUUGAUACUUUCAUAUUUAUUGUGGGCCAAUUAUGGUCAGGCAUGUGCUCAACUCAGUUUGAUACAUGGUGGGAAAUAAUGAGUCCCCUAAGGGGCUCUGCAACAAUGUCACCACCUAGCAGAGAACAGGGACUUCUCCUUAACCUGCUGCGCCCCAGUGGCCUGGACAAUGCUGGAAAGACAACCAUCCUGAAGAAGUUCAAUGGGGAGGACAUCGACACCAUCUCCCCAACGCUGGGCUUCAACAUCAAGACCCUGGAGCACCGAGGAUUCAAGCUGAACAUCUGGGAUGUGGGUGGCCAGAAGUCCCUGCGGUCCUACUGGCGGAACUACUUUGAGAGCACUGAUGGCCUCAUCUGGGUAGUGGACAGCGCGGACCGCCAGCGCAUGCAGGACUGCCAGCGGGAGCUCCAGAGCCUGCUGGUGGAGGAGCGCCUGGCUGGAGCAACCCUCCUCAUCUUUGCUAAUAAGCAGGACCUGCCUGGAGCACUGUCCUCUAACGCCAUCCGCGAGGCCCUGGAGCUGGACUCCAUCCGCAGCCACCACUGGUGCAUCCAGGGCUGCAGCGCCGUCACCGGGGAGAACCUGCUGCCGGGCAUCGACUGGCUCCUGGAUGACAUUUCCAGCCGCAUUUUCACAGCUGACUGAACCACUCCAGAUGCCCCCCACCUAGCAGUCCAGGUCCCUCAACCUUCACCAAACACUACCCAUGGGGGGUUGGGAGUCAGCCGGCCAAACUAACACUCCCCCUCCUCCACCCCAGCCUGCUGCUGCUACUGCUGCCCGCUGCUGCUCUGUGGCCACCCAGCUCCCAUGGCGGGAGGGCUGUGCCCUGGCUGUCUCUCUGGCUCCUGACCUGGCCUUUGGCUACCAUACCAAGAAGAGAGGGCUGGGCGGGGAGGAGCUGCUACUGCUGCUACCGAGGCUGUGGGCCUCAUCCUUCACUCAGCUGUGAAAUAAACCGCUCCUUGCCCCAA